AUGACUAGCAGCUUCUCGGAAGGCGUAGAGGGCGCGCUGCCUCGCUGGUUGCGCCGGGUGCGCCUGCCACAUGUCCAGCAGCAUCGACCACCCCACCCGCCCGGACCGCGGGUCGGGAGCCCUCGUAAGGACGUACCGGAGCUCGGGACCGACGGGGCGCGGAUCCCGCUUCAGGAGUUCAAAGCGGGGAAAGCUCACAAAGGCGGCCUUGACAUGAGGAUCGGUAAUAUCGCGCGCGUGGCGGCUGAAGGUCUCUACCCUGCUGGAGCGGAGGCCGACGUUGACGAGCCCGACAUGCCGCGGAUCGUGGGCGCGGAGGUCGUGGCUAAAGGCGGCCACAUCAGCGACGUCCCCUUGCCCUCGCAUAGCACGAUGAAGUCGUACUCGGGAUUGAAGUAG